CAACUUUGACUCCCGUUAUCAUUAACAACUUGCCAAUUUCCCAUCUCUCUGCAAAUAAGAAAACCCAACUGCAAUCGCUAUUUAUCUUCCCGCCUUUCAUCUCUCUCUCUCUCUCUCUCUCUCUCACACACACACACACACACUGAGCAAGACGGCGAACUCUAGUCGGUGGAGGCGUUAUAAUGAUAAAAGGAAGUCGCAUUAUAGAGUCGUUUCUAUGGAAGAUUUCGGGAUUAUUCAAGUUCUUCAUCCUUCUAUUGUUCUUAUCGACGAGUGUUCGUGAUACCAGAUCCGCCGCUCAGCUUUUGCCUGAUGAAGAAGUUGAAACUGUGAGAGUGAUAGCCUCAAAGCUAGGAAACAUUAGGUGGAAUGUUUCUAGAGAUUCAUGCACUACAGGUGUAGGGCUACAACAGAUAAUUUCCCUUGAUAGGAGAGAGCUUAUGGAAGUUGGUAGCAAUAUCACUUGCAACUGUAACAUCACUAAUAGUACUUUUUGCCACAUAACAAACAUCCAGAUGAAAAAAAUGAACGCGACUGGAGUUUUACCUGAAGAAUUUGCAAAUCUCACUUUUCUGCAAGAAAUAGAUCUGACUCGCAACUAUAUCAGUGGCCCUAUUCCCACACGUUUCAGCGAGCUUCCUCUUAUCAUUUUGGGUGUUUUGGGGAACCGCAUCAAUGGUUCCAUACCUGAUGAAUUAGCUGCUAUUUCUACACUUGAGGAACUGGUUGUGGAAGACAAUUUGCUCGGAGGACUACUUCCUCCACAACUUGGACGCUUGUCUCGCUUGAGAAGAUUCGUUGCUUCUGCAAAUAACUUUACUGGAACUAUACCUGAUUCAUAUGGCAAUCUGACUAAUUUAGAAGAUUUUAGGAUAGAUGGGAGUACAUUAUCUGGGAGUAUACCUGAUUUUAUCGGAAACUGGAGAAAUCUCACAAGACUUGAUAUGCAAGGAACGAAUAUGUCUGGACCUAUUCCUUCUACAAUAUCUCGUUUGAGAAACUUGGAAUCAUUGAGGAUAUCUGAUUUGACUGGAUCAUCAAGUACCCCAUUUCCUGAUUUGCGGAAUAUGACAAGAUUGGAGGAAUUGGUUUUCAGAAAUUGUUUGCUUACUGGCUCAAUACCUACUUACAUUAAUGGACGAUCCAGUUUAAAAGAAAUAGACCUGAGCUUCAACCAGCUGAAUGGUUCAAUACCCGAUUCAUUUCAAUUUGUAGACUUUGACACCUUGUUUGUGAAUAACAACUUACUAUCCGGAGGGAUUCCACAAUGGAUAUUUGCUCGCACAGACAAGAUUGACUUAUCUUACAACGAUUUUACAAAUACUACACAACAAACUUGUGGGUCAUCUAGAGUGAAUUUGGUUUCAGCCCUAUCACCUUCAGCCACUGCAACCAACAGAGAAAGUUGGUGUUUAAGAGACGAAGUUGGUUGCAGCAGAAACCCAACGUAUCAUUCUUUGUUUAUUAACUGUGGUGGAGAUAGCACAGUGUUUGAAGGAAACGAAUAUCAAAGGGACGUAAGCAACGAGCAAGCUUACUUCUAUACAGAAUCGGAUGGAUGGGCUUAUAGCAGUACCGGUAUUUUCAUGGGCUCUGGAACAGCCCCAUUUACUGGAACCAAUACGGAUGUGACAGGUGGCGAUAUAUACACAACAGCUCGCUUUUCUCCAACUUCACUUAGGUACUACGGAUUAUGUUUGAGGGAAGGGAGUUAUAAAGUGAGGCUCCAUUUCGCUGAAAUCAGUUUCACGAACGAUUCCACAUUUGCAAGCCUUGGAAGACGCUAUUUCGAUAUAUCAAUUCAAGGUGUUUUGGAGCGGAAAGACUUUAGUAUUGUGGAAAGAGCUGGAGGUGUUGGAAAUGGGACCUUCAUAGAUUUUGAUAAUGUUACGGUUACUGGUAGCACGUUGGAGAUUCACUUGUACUGGGCUGGAAAGGGGACAACUGGCGUUCCGGAGCGAGGUGUUUAUGGACCUCUUUUAUCAGCCAUCGCAAUAACACCAAACUAUAAUGUCAGUACAGGCGGGAUUUCUGCUGGUGCUAUUGCUGGAAUUGUGAUUGGUUCAUGCGCGUUUAUACUCCUAAUUUUAGCUCUGCUUUGGUGGAGAGGCUAUAUUGGAGGAGACAAAGAAGAUAAAGAGCUUCGGGCGCUUGAAUUACAAACGGGGUAUUUCAGCCUGCGACAAAUUAAAGCUGCUACUCAUAACUUUGAUCCUGCAAACAAGAUCGGUGAAGGAGGAUUUGGACCAGUUUAUAAGGGUGUACUCUCGGAUGGUUCUGAGAUUGCUGUGAAGCAACUUUCAGCCAGAUCAAAACAAGGAAACCGUGAAUUUGUGACUGAAAUAGGAAUGAUAUCCGCUUUACAACAUCCAAAUCUCGUGAAGCUUUAUGGUUGUUGUAUCGAAGGAAAAGAGUUGUUGCUUGUAUACGAAUACCUCAUCAACAACAGUCUCGCACGUGCCCUUUUUGGUAAAGAUAACCAGAAGCUUAAUUUGGACUGGUCAACAAGAAAGAAGAUAUGUAUGGGAAUCGCAAAGGGGUUAGCUUAUUUACAUGAGGAGUCAAGAUUAAAAAUAGUUCAUAGAGAUAUUAAGGCCACAAAUGUGCUUCUUGACAAGGAUUUAAAUGCUAAAAUAUCGGAUUUUGGUUUGGCAAAACUUGAUGAAGAAGAGGAUACUCAUAUCAGCACACGAAUUGCUGGAACAAUAGGGUAUAUGGCUCCAGAAUAUGCAAUGAGAGGAUACUUGACAGAUAAAGCAGAUGUUUACAGCUUUGGAGUUGUGUUGUUGGAGAUUGUGAGUGGGAAAAGCAACACAAAUUAUAGGCCAAAGGAGGAGUUUGUCUACCUUCUUGAUUGGGCGUAUGUUCUACAAGAGCAAGGGGGUCUCUUGGACUUAGUGGACCCAGGUCUUGUUAAAUACUCAAAAGACGAAGCCCUGAUGAUGUUAAAUUUGGCUAUCCUAUGCACGAAUAUAUCACCAACACUUCGCCCACCAAUGUCAUCAGUCGUCAAAAUGUUGGAAGGGAAAUUACCACUUUUGCCCCCAGUGGUGAAACGAGGGGUGGGGAAUACUGACAUAAAGUUUAAAGCUUUUGACAUGAUGUCACAUGAUAGUCAAACACAAGUCUCAACUAUCUCAGCAGAUAGUCAAGGCCCCAGUCUCUGGAAUGAUACAUCCUUGUAUAAGGAUGAGACACAGGGUAUGCCUUCUUCUGGGACGAAGCUUCUUCCCGAUCUUUAUGAUGUUGAUAUGUGAAUCCGUAAUUUAUUUCUUCAUUUAUACCUAUAUUAUACAUGUGUGAGGUGUACAAAAUAUGUUUAAAUUUUGGUUUUAGAUCGAUUAUCACAAUGUAAUUUUUGCAAAAUUUUGUUUAAAUUUGUCUCAUGGGCUAUGGUUUUUUUUACAUCAA